CCCCAAGUGACGCCCGACCACAAUGAUCCCAAGACACAGAGCCAAGCCGGCCAAGCGCGGUCGUCAACUGGUUGUCCUGGAGAAGAGUGAGAACCCCCGCCUGUCUCAACUUGUGUUGUCUAACCCCGUGAACCAGGCUGCCCACUGGAGCCAGGAGUCCUACCUUCUGCGGGAUCUUCACAAACAAUACCCCCUUCCUCAGGUGGUACGAUGUUCAAGCCGCCUGGUGCAAGGAGAGGAGCAAGCACUUCCGGUCAACGUACAUGUUCCCAUGUUGCUAUGCGACGGACGCUCGGUGCGGAAGCUGCUUGCCAAACACGUGGACAAUGACACGACGUCUCAGAGCCUGGUGGAGACGGACGACUCCAUUGUCAUACCUGGUGACUACGACGGUAACUUUCUACGCCUCCACGCCCGCACCACACAAGACAAAUCGGUUGCCUGUUCCCUCCAUGACGUAGCAAACUCACAGAUCCCAGCUUUUGUCAAUUUUUCAAGCAUAACAUCAUACACCAAUUUGAGCCCCAACUACCAGGACGGAGACUUGGGGAAACUUUCUGGGAGCACCAACAACUUGGGGUCAGAGUUCAGCUCAAGUCACGUGAGCAGUCGAGCCAUCAAAAUAAACGACAGGAGUGGGCAGGAGCGUCAGAAUGUGGGUAUAUGUGAGGUAUCGUGGUGAAAUCAGGCACUCGUCAAUAAUAAUAUCGUGAAAUCAAAGAAAUGGGCAUUAUUCCGACUGUUGGACAACCUUUUUAUCAAUUUCUUUUUUGGGCUCAACACCUUUUAUAUCAAUUAAAAACACAUUUC